CAUAACAAUAAGGCAUGAAUUAGUGUCAUCAGACGGCUCGCAGUACCACCCUUGGAAAAAGCUGUACAUCAUUUUAAAAAAAAGUGCCAGAGAUAAUAAAGACGCAUAGGGUUUGUAUCUACGCCACCCUGCGCAGUCGGGUCAGAGCUGGCACUCAUCCACACAACUUUCUGCCGAGUCAUCGGGACAGGCACGCACCUCCGCCCCGGCACUGCGCGCUCCUCUCCAGGUCUGCUCAUCACCUUCACCGUCAGCGCGGGCAGGGCUGAGAUGUCAGGAGCCGUGAAUGAUGAACCGGGAACACCGGGUGGUCGUCUGAGGUCUGAGAGGAUCCACGUCUCGAUCAAAAGUCUUACGGAGAGCAAAGACUUCAGCGUUAGAGGAGGCUGCACCGUCAGACAGCUGAAAUGGGGACUAGCAGAGCGCCUGGGAGUCCCUGCAGAGCAGCUGGUGCUGAGCCACUCUGGCCGGGUCCUCAAAGAGUCAGAGCUCCUGAGUCACCUCAAAGCACAGGAUGAGUCACUCAGCAUCUUUAUGAUCCAAAGGCCACAGCAUCCGUCUGUUGCACCCACCUGUGAUCCACCUUCAGAAAGCCAGUCUGAGCUCACAGCAGUUCUCGAUCCUGACCAUGAUAACUUCACACCGUCUCCCACCUCUCCCCUCUGUCUGGUGGAAGGUCUGGACAGGCUUGGCCUAACAAACAGCGGGCCUGGCUUCUUCCCUGCACUGCAGCGCCAGAUGGAGAGCCAGCUGUUGGCUAACCCGCAGAUGAUGCGCCGUGUCCUGAGCAGCCCUUUAGUGCAGAGCACCCUCUCCACCUCCAGCCCUGAACUAACCAGACAGCUCAUUUUGUCUAAUCCCCAAAUUCAGCAGCUCCUGCAGACGGACCCAGAGGUAGAAGAUAUGCUUAACAACACAGAUGUCAUCACACAGGUGCUGGAGCUCAUCAGGAACCCUGACAUGAUAGAGGAAGUGAUGCGUAAUGAAGACAGAGCGCUCGGCAAUUUGCAGCCAGAGCAGGACGACUCUGAAAGCAUCAGCAGUGAUUCUGAUGUGUCUGAGAAGACUGAAACAAAAAGGCAAACAUUUUCACAGAACCAGACGGGAGCACCCUCAGUGGUGACUGCAUCAUCUGGGACUCAACAGCCAACUGAAGGAAAAAGCGAGCAGACUCCACCUGUCUCCAGUCAAUCCACAGAUCCUCUCAGAGAACUGACCGCCUCGCCCAUAGCUAAUUCAAACUCUGAGAGCACUGUGACUGCAGGCUUGCAGUCACUGCUAGAGGAGAUCAGUUCCACUCCAGGACUGAUGGAGAGUCUGCUGUCUGGGCCGUACGUCAGCAGUCUCCUCAACUGCCUCGGACAGAACCCUGACCUGGCUGCACAGAUGCUGCUGAGCCACCCUUUGUUCUCAGGAAAUGCUCAGCUGCAGCAGCAGAUGAGACAGCAGAUCCCUCUCUUCCUGCAACAGAUGCAGAGUCCAGAGCUGCUGGCAGCCAUGUUGAACCCCAGAGCCAUGGAGGCUCUGCUACACAUCCAACAGGGCUUACAGACUCUGGCUGCAGAGGCUCCUGCACUGAUACCUGCGACUGUAAACGUUGGAGUCAGUGUUAAUGCUGCCCCUGAGCGAGCCUCGGACUCUGUCCUCAACAGCCAAUCAGGAAGUGGUCCUCAGGUUGCCAUGGCGACAGAGCAGCAGCAGCAGCAGUUUGUACAGCAGAUGCUACAGGCGCUGGCGAACACCGAUCAUGGGGUCCAUGUAGAGGAGGCCGAGUUCCAGGACGAGCUGGAGCACCUGAGCUCAAUGGGCUUCAGAGACAGAAAGGCAAACCUUCAGGUCCUCAUCAGAACUGGAGGAGACCUCACCACAGCUAUACAGCAUCUGCUCAGUCUCUGACACACACUCGCACAUGUGCACACACACACAUACACAUUCUUGUACUAUCUAUCUUUGUGAGGACCCUCAUUGACAUAAUGCAUUCCCUAACACUUACCCUAACCCUAACCUAAACCUAGCUCUCACCUGAACCCUAAAACCAAGUCUUAACCCUCAAACAGGCCUAAAUGUGCUCACUUUGCAAAAAUGUCCUCACUCUGUUGCCAAAAUAUGUUGUAUGGUCCUCACUGUGUAGCAUGUACAAGUACACAUACACACACAUAUGUUGAUCUGUGCAUACUCACAUAUAUAAGUUAAUGCACAUACAUAUUAUAUUUAAGCUCAUACACUUGAUCACAUUAUGAUCAACGAUUACAAAGUGCUCUACAAAAAACAAACACAGGAAACAUGCAAGCCAUAUUUAUAUUGCUGCACUUAUAUUCAUUCCGUAACUCCUCUCACUAACCUCUGUGUGCAGAAGUAAAUUAUGUUUCUUUCAAGCAUAACAGCAGUGGUGGGGAGUAACUAAUUACAUGUAAAUGAAUUAUAAAAGAAAUGUAGUUGCAAUCAGUCACAGUUGCUGAAAAAAAAGUAAUGUUGGUAAUUACAAAGGGGUUACAUCUGAAUAUAUUCUUUUUGGUAGAAAGCUUAUACUUAGAAUAAAGCACUUCUUCUGACAUAACAUAUUUUCAGAUAUUUUUCAGCUUUUUCACCCAGUUUAAAGCUUUUGUUUGAAAAGUAAUCAAAUGUCAUAAGUUACAUUACUUUGAUGAAGUAAAUAAAAUAGUUACAUGACUUAUUCCAUUUUAACAGGGUAACUAAUCUAUAACUGAUUACAUUUCAAAUGUAACCUUCCCAACACUGCAUAACUGACGCCCUUACCUCAGUACACCUCACACUUGUUUUUCCUUAUUUAAAUAGUGUGUGCCGUAAGCUUUACAGACUGUGCAUCCCUUUGAGGAAAAGGUGUGAUAUGUGAUAUUUGGCUGUAUAAAUACAUGUAAAACUGACUUGACAUGUUUUGUAUGAAUUGAGUAAAUGUACACGAGUUAAUAUUAGGGUAGAAAUGAAAGAAUGCAAUCACUUUCACCCUUUCAGAGAAUAUUGCUGUGUCAUAGUACACUUCCAUGUACUACACUGUGUACACUAUGUACUUAUAAUGCAUGCAUCCAGACUGUUGCUGGCCAUAAUAUCUGCUGGCUUGUCCUCUUGCCUAUUCACCGGAGCAACUGCAGCUGCUUCCACUGCCACCAUUUUCACAAGUUUGGUGAUCCCUCCCUUUCUGCUAUGUAGCCAAGACGGCGACCAUUGAAUAAAUGAAUGAAUGACUUAAUAUCAAACCAAAAAUUUAAAAAUAAUAAAAAAACAAACCAGACAAAGAUAACAGUGUCUGACAAGGAGCAGGUAGAAGUAAAACUUACAUGUCCCUACCCAUUUCUUACAUUUCAUUUUUUAAUUCAAUUUUAAUACAAAUUCCCAAAUUUAUUUACAACUAAUAUACAACUAUCCCAAGUUUAUUUACAACAACAGUCAUAAACCUAAUUUAUUUACAGUCCAAGUACCACCCAGUGUUACAAAAUGAAUAUGCACUCCCCUAACACAACCUCUCUUCCUCUAUAUAUCUGCCAAAAACAUCUUUUUGUAUAGUUUUUUUAAAUUGAAUUAUAUUUGUGCCUUUUUUCAACUCACACAGCCCAUUCCACAAGUCCACCCCAUACACUGAAAUACACAGACUCUUCUUAGACAGUUUAUUUAUGCUAAACCAUUGUUUUAAUUUACUCAUUUCGGUCGUGACUUCUUCCAAAAGCUGCUGCAGACUUUCCCCAGAACAAAGGGCAUUGGUGUCGUCUGCGAAUAGAACAAAUUUUAAUUUUCUGGACACCAUACAUACAUACGUUAAGUACAAAAUAAACAAUUUGGGACCUAAAACUGACCCCUGUGGGACCCCAACAAUUAUGUUUAGGCACAAACUGCUGUCUGUGUCCAAUAUAGCUUUUUACCUAAUCCAACACAACCCCUCUUAUACCAUAUCUUUCCAGUUUUUCGAGUAAUGUGUCAAGGUUUAUGUAUACUACCUACUCCAUAAUUCUCGUUAUCAAUACAACCAGUAAUUUCCUGUUAAUUCCAUUAAUGCCAUUGAUGUCGAUGUAUUUGGUCUAAACCCAUAUUUACCCGUAGUGAGGGUGAGAAGUGUCAAACGUUCCACACUCAACAUUAUGAGUACUCCAUCCAGGUACUCAUCGUGCACUGCAAUUUGCCUUACUUGUCAGUGUGAAUGCACUUAUGCACUCAAAAAAGCAAAUGUGAGUACAUAAGAAUGUGAAUUGAGCCACAGAAAUACACAGGUACAGGUCUGUACAGGUACUUAAAUCCACCUCACAUACUGUAGACUUGUAGCAGUUUCAUACAUAUUCAGAGUCAGGUUAUGUAUUAUUAAUCUCUGUGCAACACCAUGAAACUCAGGCCUCUUUUCAUCUUGCCACCUGGACGAUAAUGAGAGCUCGUAACACCCAGAGACAGUCAGAUGUUGCUGGAAGCACACAUAGGAUUCACACUCUCAGUCUUCAGUCAGCAGAGUGAACCAGGGGCACAAUCUGUUGUGUGCUGUCCCCUCCCUCCCUUGCUGCUCUUCUGUCUUAUCCACCACAGGCUCUAAAGAGCAGACACUGGAGAUAAUUACACUUGUGUGUGUUUAAAAUGAUGAGAGCUUCACUUUCUGCAAAGUCAAAACGUGCUAGAAUGUCAGUGUUUAUCACACAGGCGCAGAAAACUCUGAUUUGCACAGUAAAUCUUCUCAACUCACUCACCCAGGAGAACAUUUAAUUUGGGCCUGGUUUUGGAUUUGAGUCCAAAACUGAGACAGAAAGAUUUUAAGACUUUUGGAACAACACAACUUGCUGAUAAUGAUUAACUUUACACAGGUGAGACUGCUCUUUGUGUUUCAUCAUCUUUCACUGCACUGACUGGUAAUACCUGGGAUUUUUUUGCUCUUCCUUUAACCUUAUGUUAAACACAGCUCCAGUAAAGACACCACGCUACAGUGUCUCUGUGCCAUGAGGAGGGGGUGCAUGUUGUGUCCCUCUGGAUUUCACUAAACUUCGACUGACUGAACAACAUACUUCCACUCACCUAGCUGACUUGUGGAUCUGAUGUAAGUCAGCUUACAUAAAUCUGUUGUCCCAUAAUCAUGUACUUAUGCACUGUUUGUUGUUUCACAUAAAUUAUGACAAUGACAAAUUAUGACUACUUUAAGUGUAUUAUGUUUUCUCCAUGGCUCUGUGUUUAUUGUAAUGUUAGCAGUUGUUCUGCAGUAGGAUUAAAAGUACAGUUAAUACGACAGUAGUUGUUUUAUAGCUGCUACAAAUGAUUAUUUCAUUAUCAGUUAUCUAGAGUUCUCAACAGUCAAAUCCUCAACUAAUUCUAUUAUCAAUUAUCUGACUCCUCUUUUAUAAAGAAAAUGUUUAUAUCUGAAUUCAAAUUUUAAUAUUUUCCGGUCUCUGUGACAGUAAACUGAAUAUCUUUGGAUUAUGGACAAAAUAAGACAUUUGAGGACGUCAUCUUUGGCUUUGAGAGACAAUGAUUGACAUUUUUUAUCAUUUCUGACAUUUGAUAGAUCAAACAACCAAUCGAUUAGUCAAGAAAAUAAUCAACAGAUUGACAGUGAAAAUAAUCAUUAGUUGCAGCCCUAUACAACUUUGCUGUUUGUUUUUCUUUUAUGAUUUAACUUUUAGUCCAUAAAAUGUCAAAAAAAAAGGUUUAAAAAAUAUAUCUGUCACAAGUUCCCAGAAGCCAAAAUGACAUCAAGAUGUUUGUUUUUGUUCAACUAAGAGUUCAACAUCCAAUUUCUGAUUUUAUUAAACAAAGGAAAGCAACAGAAAUUCUCCCAGUUUCUGAGGCUUAAAACACAUUAUGCUGUAUCCUGAGUUGGUGUAGUGAUCAAUAAAGACACAAGUCAAACACAAA